AAUUUUUUUUGUUUUUCUAUAAAAAAUUCGAAAUCUUUGGUAAAAUUAAUAAGUAUAUAAAUUCUUCUAGUGAUUAAACAGGAAAUAAAGUUCUUCUUUGUCGACAUCAAGGACCAAUAUGAUUCGACGUCAAUAUAAUUCGGCCCUGAGAAUAAAGGGAAUUCUAUUCCCUAUCUCCCAGAGGACAUUGUCCACUGCAAAUGUAAGAUACGUGGAACAAAAGAAUAUAUAUAGUGGGAUUCUGUCAAAAAUAAAGAAAAUUUUCCAUCAACCUGAAAUACGAUUUCGAGAAGUUGAAUUAUUGCCAAUCUGUUGCUCCAAACACAAAAAACAUUCGAGAACUAAAAAUCGACCCCUUCGAAAAAUCUUGGCCAACUACAGUAUGGAAAAUAAUCUCCUGCGAAAUAAUAAUAACAAUAAUUCCUACUUGAAGUAUAUACGAAUCGACAAACUACUGAGCGAGUACAUGUUAGCACAGUCGAUGCGAAAAAAGAAGAUGGGUCUCGUGUCUUUGGGACCAGUCCGUGGAAUUAUGGGUUUGGCAUCUUAUACUUCGAAACCGCCAAUCACCGAACCCAACAUGCCACCGCAACAGGAGAAGAGUGAAGAGAAAAAGAGGAAGAAACCAGUCAUCAAAGCUGAUGGCAAAACUACUCAAGAAUUAGAAAAUGAUCUCUUGGGUCUGGAACCAGAAAAUUAUCGAUACCAGUGGGGAGUCAAAUUAAUAGAAACACCUGUACAAGAAGCAUCAACAGAAACAUCAACACAAGAAGCAGUAACAUCAAAAUAUAUUUUACAAAAUUCUUGGGGCGUGAAAGUAAAGAAGAUUUUGGAUAAUGAUGAACUCAAAACUGGAAUCAAAGAAGGCAAAGAUUUCAAUCAUGAAAUUUCCAAAGUUGUAGCCAAUGAAAUCGUGGAACCUAAGGAAUUACCUGAAAUUAAAGCAGAACUUAUCAAAAAUAUUACCGAACCAGAAAAUUUAAAAGUUGAAGAUAAUAUCGAAAAAAUCUCUGCAGAAGAAUUAUUUGAAUCUAAAAUCCUACAAGCUAAAGACAAAGAGAAUGAAACUGAAGCAGAAGUUCCUAAAAAUGAAUGCGUCAACAAUGAUCAAACUAAACUAAAUUCAUCGUUACCAGCACCGGAAGAUACAACAUCCGAUAGUGACUACAAUGUUCCAAAAGGACUUCCCCAAAAUGCGGAAAUUAUCGCUUGGCAGGAUCUUGUUGACAGAUCGAAACCUCCAGUCGAUGAAGCGCUUGAAGCCAAGGAAGGUACAGUUGGUCCAAUGUUCAUUCCUCCAGAACCUCCAGCACCCAAAUUGGACGUAGAAGCUGUAAAACCCAUAAAGGAGGAAAAAUUUGAUUUCCGAGCCAUUCAUAGAAAAUCGCCUUCUACUGAUUAUGCAUCAACGAAAAGAAUUCACACUGACAGUCAUCUCGCAGUCUCAACAACUGUCGACAGUGAAAAUCCGGUAAAAAGUUAUUUGGUCCUAAAUUCCGAGAAAACUACCACUGUUAAGGAGAAUCUGGUCGAUCCGUUUAUGAUCACAAAAAAUGCAGAAGGUUUAAUGAAAACUAAAGAGAAUUUAAAAAAGAUGAGUUCGACGAGAAUGGGACCACGACUUCCAACGAAAGUUUUAACCCUUACGAGAAUCAACACUGAUGACAUGAGUUAUUACAACGCUCUGGAUGCUAAGAAAGUGGAAGAAACAUACGGAAGAAUGGUGGAAAUAGAACUCUCUUCACCGAGUGAAAUAAGUAAAAAUAUUCUAGAUGCUCCCUUACCGACUGAAAUCACCAUCUCCAUGAAACCUUCAUCUGAAAAAAGAGUAGACACCAUGUCCUGGAUUAAAUGCGCAAGGAGUUCAUCAACCAGCAGUUCGGCAUUCAAUUCCAGUGGGAAUUUCUUCGGAAGUUCGUCCAAUGGUUCCUCGGGGUCAAGUGGUCGUAAGAAGUCUACCUAUUUGGCGUCCAGUGAUACGAGUAAAGGAACUGACCGGAAACCCGCUGUAAAGUCCACAGAAGACGAGGAAUCGGAUGAUGAAGUAGAGAACUACGCCCCAGAAGGAAAUUACGUCAGAGUUCCUGGAGAUCCUUAUCCCUACAGUCGAGAACAUUUCUACAAAUGGAGAGUUUCCCGGAAUUCGGACUAUCCUAUAAAUUCUUUAGCGAACAGUUCUAGAAAACAUACGGAUUAUAGAGAAAUUUACAAUUCCGCUGGUGAUUAUUCCAGUGAUGGUUAUAGAACUUCCAAAAAGUAUAAUAAUGUUGGGUAUGGCAGCUCUCUUGAUGGUUACGAUACUGCUAUUUAUAGUGGUUCCAGUACCCCUAAGAGUUAUAACUCUUAUAAUACAGCUAACUAUGAUUAUCAAGAAUACAGCAAUGCUACUUAUGCCGAAAAAAGUGAUUCUGGUGAUUAUGACAAUGUUUUUCAAGAGGACAGUUAUAAUGAUGCAAUUCAUAACAAUUAUGACAAUGCCAAAAAAUAUACCGCAACCACCGAAUACUCCAGUCAUGAAACAGAAGACCAAGACGAAAUCGAAGAUGAUCAAGGGGAUUACUACACAAAAACGUCAAUUAAGGAAGCUAAAGAUCUAGAACUAGAAGAUGGUCCAAUAGAUACGACUUCCAAUAUACAGCAAAUGAACCAAAGUAUUCACAGAUCGUUGAAGAACAAAAACUUCGGUACUUCAGAAAUUGCAAAACAUGACAUCAAUAAAAGUCUAGCAUUAUCGAGAAACGUCGACAGCAAUUUGGAUUUAUUUCAAAACAGAAAUAGGAGUUCGGGAAAAAGUAGAAAUCUGAAAGAAGAUUCAUCUGAAGUUGGAGAGCAAGCGGGUCAGGACGUGUCGAAGGUUUUUGGUCAACAGAAUCAGAGUUUGUGCAGACAACUCAGUACGAUAGAGAAGGAUGAUGGUUGCGAGUUUGAACGGAUGCAGUUCUACAAGGGUCAGGGUCUUUUUCACACAAGAUUAAGCGAUUUGAGAGGGCAAGUCGUGAUAACGAGUCUCGAUCAGCAUUUUCAGCAAUUUCUCAAAAGCAAUUCGCGUUUAAAGAACUUCGAAAAGAUCAAUGAACUACAAUGCUAAUUCAGUGGAUUAGCCUUCUGAUUUUCAGUUUCUUGAAAAAGAAAAAUCUAGCGUUGAAGGAAAAAUGAGGACAAUUUCCGAGGAGAAAAAUAAAUCGGAUCAAUCAAAAAGUGCGGCUGAUGUCGAAGAAACAGAUGCAAUCAGUGGACGGACGAUUCAUCCAGAAAUUACU